GCCUUUCUCAGUGUGUCUAUUUCAUAAAACUAGGAUUCCGCAUUAAGGAUGUCUGAAAAUGUGUUCACAAAGUUCACAAGUGUUUAGCUAGUAUAGCAUUUUAAAAUGAGUGACAAUUACCUACAGUCUAUUACUCAGUACAGAAAGGCAGGAGAGGGGAAACAUACUAUAAAAACAUGUUUAUACAAUAAUAAGUGUCAUUGCAAUAACCUAGAUUUAAAGUUGAUACAAUGAAUGUAUGAUAAUCGACCAACAACAAAAUUCUAGCUAUGUUGUAACUUAUUUGCCUCUUCUCCCAGUUCAGGUGUCACUGCAAUAGCAUCACAGACUUUGGUGUGAACAAAUAAUCAUGGUCAAGGACGGGAAGAAACAAGAAAGCACUUUAAUUGAAAAAUGUGAAGAGUACAAAGAGCAGACUUGGGAAUGAUACAGCCCAUGAAGACACCUCUGGAUCAGACACAAAGGAUAAUAAUACAAAAAAUAAUGGAAAUCUCUAAAGAAAAUGGAUGCUACCAAUCCCUGACAUACAGCUUCCUUGAGUCUUCUUUUUUGGCCCAAUAAUCUAUUCUGAUUGCACUGGAGGUAAAAACUGUCAAGAGUUGAAAUGCAAUAGAAAGAACACCUAAAACUCUCCCCAGGAUCUGGUGCUGAUACAAAUGAAAUAUGUAGCUGCAACCGAAGAUGUGACUAAUGCUUCAGGGUCUCUAAUUCAAGGACUAAGCCAAUAUGGAAGAGCAGAUGAUUCAGAUAUAUGUGAAUGGGAAUGGCACUGAUCAGCUUAAUGUCUCAUAUGAUUACAACUCAACACAUUUAAAGGGGACCCCAGAUACAUAUCAGUUCUACAUCAUCAGCCUUUUCCUCUCCUGUCUCUACACCAUUUUUCUUUUCCCGAUUGGUUUCAUUGGUAACAUCCUCAUCCUGGUGGUGACCCUGAACCACAGGGACAAGAUGACCAUUCCAGAUCUAUAUUUUGUUAAUCUAGCUGUGGCAGACCUGAUACUAGUUGCUGACUCACUAAUUGAGGUCUUCAAUCUGAAUGAAAAGUACUAUGACAUUGCAAUCUUGUGUACAUUCAUGUCCCUCUUCUUGCAGGUAAAUAUGUACAGUAGCAUUUUCUUUUUGACAUGGAUGAGCUUUGAUCGAUAUGUAGCUCUUGCAAGCUCCAUGAGCAGCAGUCCUUUGCGGACAAUGCAGUAUGCCAAACUCAGUUGCAGUCUCAUCUGGAUGGCUUCCAUCCUGGCCACAUUGCUACCUUUUACCAUUGUCCAGACACAGCAUACAGGUGAGGUGCACUUCUGCUUUGCCAAUGUCUUUGAAAUUCAGUGGCUAGAAGUCACCAUUGGUUUUGUGGUUCCCUUUUCAGUCAUUGGCUUAUGCUACUCCUUAAUAGUACGCAUUCUUAUGAGAGCACAAAAGCACCGUGGGCUAUGGCCACGUAGACAGAAGGCACUCCGUAUGAUUGUGGUGGUUGUACUGGUCUUCUUUAUUUGUUGGCUUCCCGAGAAUGUUUUCAUCAGCAUCCAGCUUCUCCAGGGCACUGCAGACCCAUCACAACGAAGUGGCACCACACUGUGGCAUGACUACCCACUGACAGGUCACAUUGUCAACCUUGCAGCUUUUUCAAACAGCUGUCUGAACCCAAUUAUUUAUAGCUUUCUGGGGGAGACCUUUAGGGACAAGUUGCGGCUUUUCAUUAAACAGAAGGCCAAUUGGUCUGUGCUUUAUCGUUUAUGCCAUCAUACCCUGGAUUUGCACAUCCCUGUAAGGAGUACUGAAGUCUCUGAGGUUUAGCAUUGGCUUACUGUGCUAAAAACAAUUACCAGUUUACAAAGAGUUGACCAUGUUCACAAAGGCAAAAGUAAAGAUUUAUAGAUGUGGUUGAAUGUAAGAUGGACACUGUAAAAUGUGACAAAAUUGAGCAGUGAGAUGGUAAAUUGAUUAUUAGAUGACAGACCUUAUUUUCCACUCUGUUAAAUUAGAUAUUGCACUGCAAGAGGGUUAUGCAAAAGUGUACACUUACACUCAAGUAUCAAGUAUAACGUAUACGUUUACUACCAUUUAAACAACACAGUUGAUAGGUAAGGAACACACCAACCUUUUGGGAAAUGAUCUUACUUAUCUUAUUAGAAAUGACAGGAUACACACCCUGCUCUUCUCUCUGUGUGUGUGGGUUACACCAAUUAGCCUAUAGCUAGCCUGAUCUGAUUUAAAUCAGAAAUGCACUGCCAUAGACACUCCACUCAUUCAUAAAUGUUAUUUUGAAAAUAAUAUAAUGUAAAACAACCUCCUCAAUGAGGAAGUAUAUGAGGUUCUAAUUUCAGAUGUCAGUCUGCAUUUUCCACAAGAGAACUAGGAGGUCUGGUGGCAAGCAGGAAAUAUGGCAGGAUACAAACUAUUCAAAGUGCUGGCUGUGAUGAAUGCAUCUAUGAAUUCACCUUUUUCCCUUAACAAAUAACCUUCCACAUCAUGGAAACACUGAAACAUUGAUCUAAAUUGUAAUACUGCAGUAUGUGUCUGCCUUGAGUCCAUGCUUCGCUAACAGUUUAUUUUUGUUGCUUGCAUCUGCAUA